UCUGAAAAGACAGGCAAGGCAAGUCAGAGAAUUUGUUGGACAAAACGUAGAAGUGUAGAAAAUUUGCAUUUUCCUGCGAAUCAAAAGUGUUUCGAAUAGCUUUUCUGUGCCACUUUUGUGAACAAAGUAUUGUGUGAGAUUAAAAAACUGCAGUUAAACGGUUUUAUGAAAGAAAUCAACCAAAAAUUGAUUGUCUGUGUGCUGUGCGUGUAAAUUUGCCGGUGAAUUCUUUUAGUACGUACGUACAUAUAAACUUCCAGUGAAAAUCUUUUGGCAAAAUUUUUCCAAUUUUCACUUCGUGUGCGGCUGUGCGGCUGUGUGUGUGUGUGGGUGUGCGCGCGUCCGAGAAAAUUGCUGCUGAAAUUACGCAAGUUGCUUGCUACACGCACCGUGAGGCUACAGCUCUGAAAUUUCUUUGUUGCCAAUUUGCAGACGAGGCGAAACGAAUCGGUGCAAAACUCUUGUGCGGAAAUUAGCUGUGCCCGCAAAACAAAAAGCGUUAACCAGAAAAACUUUUUAAAUUGAUUUAUGCGGCUUUUGUGUUCGUUGCGGCGUUUGACUAAGAAAACGCAAGGCUUUUCUGCCGCCUCAGCUCCCUACUUGCGAAAGCCAAUGGCGGAGGAAAUUGAUAGCGCUGUGGACAUAUUGACGUCACGCUCGUCUGAAAAGAAAUACUAUCGUAAAGCUAGUAACAGAAUUUUUGUGAACCGAUCAUUGCACUUGGAGAAUAUAAAAUUCUAUGGCUUCGAUAUGGACUACACUUUGGCGGAAUACAAAUCGCCACAAUACGAACAACUUGGUUUCGAUUUAGCUAAAGAGUGUCUUGUCAAUGACGGUUAUCCCAAAGAGAUUUUACAAUUCGAAUAUGAUCCCUCAUUCCCGGUACGUGGCCUCUGGUUCGAUACACUCUAUGGCAAUCUUCUGAAAGUGGAUGCCUACGGCAAUAUACUGGUGUGUGUGCGCGGUUUCGAAUUUCUCAAACACCAUCAAGUGUACGAGUUAUAUCCGAAUAAAUUUCUAAAACUGGAUGAGAAGCGCGUAUAUGUGUUGAAUACAUUAUUCAAUUUGCCUGAAACAUAUUUGUUGGCGUGUCUAGUGGAUUUCUUCACGAACAGCACGGAGUAUAUAAGCGAAAAAACCGGCGUUAAGGCGGGCGAGCUCUUUAUGUCCUUCAAAUCCAUAUUCCAGGAUGUGCGACGAGCCAUUGAUUUUGUGCACAUAAAGGGUAACCUAAAACAGAAGACAAUCGAGAACUUGGACUACUACGUUAAGAAAGACCCACGCCUGCCCAUGGUACUCUCACGCAUACGCGAAUCCGGCGCCAAAGUCUUCUUGCUCACCAACAGCGAAUACAAAUACACCAAUAUCUUGAUGUCGUACCUGUUCGAUUUCGAACAUGGCGCGCGACCCGAUGACCCACACCGCAACUGGAAGACGUACUUCGAUGUGAUUGUGGUGGAUGCUGCGAAGCCACUCUUCUUCGGUGAGGGCACCAUACUCCGACAAGUGGACACACAAACGGGCGCCUUGAAAAUCGGCACACAUAUGGGUCCCCUGCAGCCGGGUAAAGUCUACUCGGGUGGCUCUUGUGAAGUUUUCACCAACUUCAUCAACGCCAAAGGCAAAGAUGUGCUGUACGUGGGCGACCACAUAUUCGGUGAUAUUUUGAAAUCGAAGAAGAUACGUGGUUGGCGUACAUUCCUCAUUGUGCCCGAGUUGGUGCAAGAAUUGCAUGUGUGGACGGACAAGUGUCAGUAUUUUGCAGAAUUGCAGCAUUUGGAUGUUAUGCUGGGUGAUAUGUAUAAAAAUCUCGACUCGAGCGCCAAAGAAAAACCGGAUAUCUCAAAACUGCGCUCUAGCAUACGUGAUGUUACCCAUAAAAUGGACAUGGCUUAUGGCAUGAUGGGCUCACUCUUCCGGUCCGGUUCUCGGCAAACAUUCUUUUCAAGUCAAGUGUCUCGCUACGCUGACUUGUAUGCAGCAACUUUUCUCAACCUGUACUAUUAUCCCUUCUCGUACAUGUUCCGUGCACCGGCUAUGUUGCUGCCGCACGAAUCUACCGUCACACAUGAACAACGUUUCCACAUGGAGACACCGUCUAUUCAGCGUUCACGCAGCAAGAAUGAAAGUGUUGAUGGUGCAUUGAGUACGAUUUCAUCGCCAACUGAGAAGGCGCAGGAAGCCAUAGCAAGCAUUGAGCGCACCGAGGGCAAUGAGGAGGAAAUUAAAAAGCUAACCGAGGAGAUUAAGUCCAUGAAUUCAGCGGCAGUUUCCUCCGCCAACUCCACAGUGCCACAUACGCGUCCGCCAACACCACAAACAGUGACGCACACGCACGAUGAGGACUACUCGGAGGAGGAAUCGGAGCAAUAUCCCAAGUGCUCAUGCCAGCAACAACAGCAGGAUGACACCGACUAGGACUGGCAAUGCCCAGCGAUGGUAAAACAUCGCUUCAGUAGCCAAAAUUCGAGCGCCUCCGAAUAGCAAAAGCAAAAAAUAGAAAUAAAUAAGAAAAAAGAGAAUGAUGACGGAUUCAGCACCAACAGAGGAGCAUUUACCACGACUCGCUCCCUAAAUUCGCCAGAGAUUUUUCUGCAAAGCGACGAUUUUAUAAAUGAUUUUCCUUCUUAUUCUGCUUUUUUACACACGCUGAGAAUUUGUAAUAAUUUGUAAAUGCUUAUUUUUUUUUAGUGUAUAUAACUAAUGUACCUUUGUUUAGUGUUGUACGCAAUUUAUUUUUGUUUUUUUUUUUCAAUUAUUUUAUUAUUAUUUUGUUAUAGAAAACCAUAAACAUACAUAUAUAAAUGAAUAAAAGAAACGAACAGGAAUUUAACAAAUCCAUAAAG